CAUAGAGUGAAAGCACAGGUCUUCCUCUCAGCAUUAAAUCCCAGUUCAAUCACGUAGAAAUGUCUGACUCAUAUGUUGCUCUCAUGAAGUGGGACCUCCUUCUCCCAACUCCUUUAUAAGGACCCAACACUUGCACUUGUUCAGAGUUUGAAGGGAAAGAAGUUGUUGGCUGAGUAUUUUUUAUAUUUAUUAUUUAUAAUUAUAUAUAUUAUUUAAUAUUUUUUGGACCCUUUUUAAGUUAUUUUUUUGUAUUUAUUCCUUAUUUAUCUUCUUUCGAAAGAGGUUCCAAAUGGUUACCUUUUCACAAACACCUUUCUCUUACCUGUGCUCUUUCCUCUCUAUCAUUCUACUUCCGUCCUCUCGGGCGUUUUAUCUCCCUGACUCCAACCCCCUUUUGUCCUUUAAUAAUCAAGUGAGAGAAGUGCAUCUCUACACAGAUAACCACAGGAGAGGCAUGUAUCUCCAGAUGACCCAGGACGGCAGAGUGUCAGGAAGUGAAGUUCAGACAUUUUACAGUGUGCUGCAGCUGAAAUCUGUCAGACCAGGCCACGUAGUCAUCAAGGGACUGUCAUCGUCCCUGUUCCUCUGUGUGGACAGCGGAGGCCGUCUGAGGGGACAGAUGCACCACACAGAGGCUGACUGCACCUUCCACGAGCUGCUGCUGGCAGACGGCUACACCCGCUUCCUGUCCUCGCACCAUGGAUUUCCGGUGUCUCUGGCAUCGAAACGGUCCCAAGGUCAACACGCGGUCCCCUUCACUCGGUUCCUACCACUUACGAACACUCUGACCAGAGAGAGCGAGUCUGAACGACCUCCAAACAGUCAGAGUCGUUUCAACAUGGACGCAGAUGACCUUCUCGGAAUGGGCCUAAACUCUAUGGUCAGUCCUCAGUUCUCAGUGGACAAUUAAAGGAAUUUACCUGCAUGGGCCCUUUAAAACUUUUCCCCUGACCAGGUUGAACCUGCAGACUUGAUUUUGAUGUAAA